AUGUCUCUAAAUACGGCGAACACACCAGAUGGGGCCGGUGUGCUAAUAUUCAACGGUGAAGCAAUACUUUUGUUUGUGCGAGAUGUUACGGUGCAAUUUUCGAAAAAUCCUAAUCAGCUUGUUUCCGGCAAGAAAGUGGGACUUCUUUAUUUGACUUCGCAUCGCAUCAUUUUUAUGCCAAAUGAUAAAACUGACAACAUGAAAUCUUUCGAAAUGCCAUUUGGUUGUAUGGACGAUGUUAAUUUAGAACAACCUAUCUUCGGAGCUAAUUAUCUUCGUGGAAUGGUUCGGGCAAUUCCGGGAAGCAAUUUGGCUGGGGAAAUCAAAUGGAGUCUGACUUUUUCGAAGGGUGGUUGUAUCGAGUUCGGAAUGGCUCUUUUAAAUGCUGUCAAGAUGGCUGAACAGCGUCGUCCAGAAAAUGCACCACCUCCAUAUGCUCCUCCAUCGGGAAGCUUCUAUGCGGCACCUCCAGACUAUUUUGAACCAGAAGGCGACGAAGCUACACCUUUUUUGAGCACUCGCCAAACACAUGCCGAAAGACCAGACAAUGUUUUUAUGCAGGAGGCUCCACCGCCAUAUCCCGGGAUGGGGGCUGAACGAAUGCCGGUGGCAACCGAGGAAUUGAGAAGAGCUGGCGCCUCAAUCACAAACGCACCUCCAUCCUACGAGCAAUCUGCUGGAGAGCUACGACAAAGGAGAACU